AUGCGCCGCUCAGCUGUUUGGCUGCAGUCGGGUGUUCUCUCGAUGUUGAUUGACGCGGUUAGCACACGCCGAGUAGAACUGGGGCCUGAGGACGUUUAUAAGAUUUGCGCCCUCCUCAAGGCCAAGGACGACGCCCUGUUGUUGCAGACGAACCGGCCUUUUCUUUUUGGGCUGCACGCGGAGUACCUAAAGAUGGGUCCAGACGCCGUGGCACCGUUUCAGCGAACAUUCAUUGACGGGGUCUUCGCCGCCCACCCCGUGGCGGAUGACGUAACGAGGGCUGAAAACUCGGCUGGGACGGCGGCAGCGGCGGCCGGCAGGCAGCACCGGCAGCAGUCGACGCUGGCACUGACGACGACGACGACGACGAAAGACACUCCCGAAAGUGCCCUUGCGGCAGAGAACAACGACAAUAGCAGGUCGAAGGAUGCGGUCGUGAGGAAGGGAGCCGCGGCGAUCCGAUCCGAUGAGGAGCCGACGGUUGAGGAGCGGAUUGCCGCCAUUUGGGAGGUGGUUCAGGAGUAUCAAUCCACCAAUUUUGUGGGGACUGAUGGGAUGCAAAAAAUUCACAGGCACUGCAAGGCUCUUGAGCUUCAGCUACGCCAGAUGAAGCCGUUUGAAGUCGCAUCCUUGGUACGGGCACUUGCCACAAUUAACUACCAGGACUACGCCUUCACAAACCUUAUUGCGCGCCGCAGCUGUGAGGUGGCGUCAAAGCUCUCUUCCUCGGAGCUCUGCAGAACUUAUUUUAACCUGAGCAAACUACAGAGUCACGACUCCCUAGUUGCUUUUGUGAAUCAAAUUGAGGCUCAAAUGGAAAGAUUCCAUCGAGAACAGAUUCAGUUUGUUGCCAUGGCACUGGAGAGGCAACCACAGAUUGCUUCUGCUCCUGCGCGUAUGGUUCCCAAGCUCCUAGCGCGGGCGGUGUCGCAUUUCUCUGAGAAGGACAGCGUGGUGUACCAUCGAGCACUACUAAUUGUGGCAGCACGUUAUAACCUGUCACGUCACCCUGCGGUAGUGAAAAUAAUUGAAGAUGCCUCUAAACAUUUGGAGAGCAUUCCUGAACGUGAUUUACUUGCGCUUUUACAGUCUACCGUCGAUCUUGGUGUCCCUGCCGGGACUCCGGGUUUGGCAGAACUUCUAGGCAAGGCGGAGGCUGUCGUUUCCACUAUAGAUAUUCGUCAUGUUGACGCCCUUAUGGACAUACUCUCGGUGCUUCCCAUGGACACUGGCGGCGUUAUGGCCAACUUGAUGAAUCGACUGGUGGCAGACGGAGGCAAGUUGACGAUGCCGCAGCUAACGUUUAUUCUAGACCUACUCUCGAGUUACCCUCCGGCAAAGGAUAACGCGUGUGUUUCGGCACUCGCCUUCGCCGCUUCCCUCCGUGCUGAAUAUUUUGACCGAGAGGCACUGGAGCAGGUGGUGCUGAGCCUAGCCCAGUUAAACCAGUUCUCAGAUGAUUUUUAUGCGCUGGUGGCGGUUCUACAGGGAAAUAAAGGUGGAUUCCGGAGCUUUGACAACUUGGCUAGCCUGAUGAAGUGUUGCUCGCGCGCAGUGGUGUUGGAUGUGCGGGGUCAAGACAUGAUCACAAAAGGCAUUUUGGACCUGGCACCCACUAUGAAUGAUGAGGAGCUUGCCGAGGCUCGUAGACUUUUGACGCGACUUGGUGUGAAUGACAAGAAUGUUCAUCAAAUGAUUUUCCGUCGCGCCAAACAGUUGCAGCGCGAGGCGGGAAGUCGUUGGACUCGGCGUGGUUGCACCAAUGUCAGUGACGACUUCACAUAA